AUGAUUGUUCAGGAGGAAGCAGACGUAGUUGGAUACGAAGCACAAUCAAACUCGCAACAUCAGCAACAUGAAGCAGGAGGAGUGGGAGGAAUGGGAGGAGGGGAUCCUUAUGUUGACAAGAUCACAAGUAGUCUGUGGCGUAGAGCUGCUCAAAUACAAUCAACACUAGGGUCACUUACCGGAAAAGAAGACUGGGAAGAGGCCGGUCGGCGCAAAGAAUUAGAAGCCCAAGACAUGUAUCGAGAAGCUCAAGCACGAGCAGAGGCACAUGAACCAAGUUGGGCCCAUGGUGAAUAUGAACGAUGGAUGGGAAAGCUGGAACAAGCUGUUGGGCACGUCUCUGGUGACACAGAUAUGGAAGCCAGAGCACGGCAAAGAGUACAGAAUGGGACAGAUGAAGUUGAAAGAGCUACUGAAUGA